GGGCGUCUGCACUCCCGCGGGGACUGAGGCGGCGCGCGCUCCAGGUGGGGACGGCGAACCCUCAGCCCUCCCCGCGCCAGGAGAACUAUGCCAUUUUUGGGUCAGGACUGGAGAUCUCCUGGAUGGAGCUGGAUUAAGACAGAAGAUGGCUGGAAGCGAUGCGAAUCCUGGAGUCGGGACCUGGAGAGAGAGAAUAACCCACGUGCUCUCACUCACAGUGUUAUCUUAAAUAGUGAUGAUGAAGAAAUAUUCAGUAACGAAGAGCAGGAAUACACGUCCAAAAAGAGGAAAAAGGAUCAUUUUAGAAAUGAUACAAAUGCUCAAUGUUUUUAUCGUGAGAAAUGGAUCUAUGUCCAUAAAGAAAGCACGAGAGAAAGGCACGGCUACUGUACUCUGGGAGAGGCUUUCAACCGCUUAGACUUCUCGAGUGCAAUUCAGGACAUUCGGAGAUUCACUUACGUGGUCAAACUCCUGCAGCUGAUUGCGAAAUCCCAGUUAACGUCACUGAGCGGCGUGGCGCAGAAGAACUACUUCAACGUUUUGGACAAAAUUGUCCAGAAGGUCCUUGACGACCACCAGAACCCCCGGCUCAUCAAGGACCUCCUCCAGGACCUGAGCUCCACCCUCUGCAUCCUCCUCCGGGGUGUCGGGAAGUCCGUGCUAGUGGGAAACAUCAACAUCUGGGUCUGCCGUCUGGAGACCGUGCUCCGCUGGCAGGAGCAGCUGCAGGAUCUGCAGGUCACUAAGGUGAACAACGGCCUCACACUCAGUGACCUCCCUUUGCAUAUGCUCAACAACAUCUUGUACAGAUUCUCCGAUGGCUGGGACAUCGUCACGCUGGGCCAGGUGACGCCAACACUGUCCAUGCUCAGUGAGGACAGACGUCUGUGGAAGAAACUCUGUCAGUACCACUUCGCCGAGAAGCAGUUCUGCAGGCACCUGAUUGUGUCGGAGAAGGGCCACGUGGAGUGGAAGCUGAUGUACUUCGCGCUGCAGAAGCACUACCCGCCGCGGGAGCAGUACGGGGACACGCUGCACUUCUGCCGCCAUUGCAGCAUCCUCUUCUGGAAGGACUCGGGGCACCCCUGCACCGCCGCUGACCCCGACAGCUGCUUCAUGCCUGUGUCCCCACAGCACUUCAUCGACCUGUUCAAGUUUUGAAGGUGGAAGGGGCUCGCUGUGCUGUGCUGUCACCAGGGAGCGACAGGAGCCUGGAGAACGCGCCUCCCCCUCCCUGCACGGACAGGCCACAGGGCGUUGGUUUGUUCUGAAAGGGGGUCAGGGAACCCAAGCAAAAUCAUUUCACUUUCUCUAAAAUUCUCUUCGUUUAAGCCUGUGACGGUUUGCAACGUUGUGUGUUUAUUAAUAUGGCUCAGUAAGGUCCUGGGUUAGUAGCACCACAUUCUGUGCCACACUGACACGGCUACCACUGUGCUUGACCGUCAGAUCAUAGUUUCCUGAUUCUGUAGUGAUUAGGGGCAGGGACAGAACAAUGGGCUGUUGUAAAUACGGGGUGCAGAAUAUUUAUUUUUCUUAAUAUGUAUUUUAACUGCACUGGUUGUGUCCAAGUGAGUCCUCACUGAUGGAAGUGAGCCGAGGGCAGCGUGUGGUACCGUUGUGUUCGUGGUCAGUCUGUGGUCAGUCUGUGGCCAGCCACGGUGUGGGUGGUGGGACCGCCCGGUGCAGCCGCCCCUUCACUGUCCUGGAAGUGCUUUCCUAGACAAAGUAAUAAAUCGUCUUUAUUUACUUAUCUGACUUCCUCGAUUUUAUACCUUUCUGAAAAAGUAGUGUCCGUGGUUUUGAUAUCGUUGAUUUAAACCUUUAAAAGAUUGUUUUAUUUUUAAAAUAAUGCAUGUCUAUUUUGGAUAUUUUGGGGAAUAUGUUAUGAAAGAAUAUACAAGUCACCCAGGACCCUGUCCCCCAAGACCAUGCUCCUGCCACAUAGAUGAGCUCCCACCCCGACGCUGUGGGAGAGCAGUGGGAACCCCCGCAGAUCAUCUCUCCUUCCUGCCCUAAGUUUUUCCUCUUCUAAGCAUAUAAAAAUGGUUUGCGGUUUCGCGUCUUUGUAAAUAAAGAUUUGGGAUUUUCAGUAUCACUGUCUGUGCUGACCUGGUGCUGAGGGCCAAUGAUGUGCUUCCCCCGGGACAUGGCGUGGAGCCCUGGACGUCUGUGGGUCGCAGGAGGGGCUUUUCCUGUUGACCCUUCUCGGGUUUUGCUGGCUGUGCACUGUCACGGGAGGCAGGGUGUCGCUGACUCCUGCUGCACACGGAGGAACUGGGAUGGGCAAGCUGUCAGCAGCUCAUGUGAGGCUCUCCGGCCCCUUGAGACGAAGGAGGAGCAGAGCCCCAGGGAUGGCAUCACAUGUUGGAGGAUGUGUCCAGACUACUCCUGUGACCGGAAGUGGUUAGGAUUUUCCCGGCAGCGACACAUGGAGCGCCUGAGCUCCCCAAAGAAGGCUGCUGCGGGCUCCCUCCCCCGGCGCUCUUGGCCGAAGUGAGGGACAAGGUGUGUCCACAUUUCUUUGUAUGAUCGACUGUGGGUUUUUGUUUUGGGUAAGUUGCCUCACGUGUGUCUUUUGCCGGUUUUCACUGUUGGUCUUUUUUGGUGUUGAUUUCUUCUUAAAAGGACGUUGAAGUUUGAGCUCUUGUCCCCCAAACAUGUGUCCAUAGCACAGAGGGGAGCACAGCCGCUGCGCUCUGCUAGCCCGUCCGGGGGGUCCGUGGGAGGCCCGGCCGAGCUGCGGACAGUGGCAGCUUUCUCAGCGGCCUUGGGGAAGACACGGAGUGAGUAGAGGCCACAGGCUGAGCAGAAGGCAGACGGCAUCCAGGCAGCCAUCAGUCAUGUGCAGGAGGGGGUGAGACGCAGAAUUGUCCUGAACUGCACACUGGAACGGUGCUUUGAAUGCGGGUCUGUUAGGGGACACUGUGAGCUGGAGACCCCACAGCAUGUCUUCUGUGCCUUCAGCCCGAGAGGGCCAGCCCGAGGCACCCGGUUACGCCUGAGGCAGGACACGCACCGGGUGGGCCUCAGCGGGCACUGCCAGCCAGGAAGGCCGUCCAGAUGCAGCCUUGCCCCUUUCGUGGCACAAGAAGCUGUUUCUCACCCGGUGUGUGGCCACAGAGGACGGAGAUGACCUCUAACCCCUCACCACGCGCCCCUGUUGAUGGUUCAGGUCUCUGUACGAGGAACUAGGUCUGCUGUAGGACACUUAACGUCUGACUGCUGACAGCGUGUGCUGUAAAUGCUGUCCUUAGACCCCCAGACCCCUCGUCAAGUGUUGGUAUUUGUGCCCCGUGACCUGCUGAGCUCAGACCGGUGGUCACUGUGCAGACGCCCACACGUGUCCACACGCAGCUGGAGUCUGGGCACCCUGACGGCCUGGGCUGGGGCCUGUGGUGCCACGCCAGCCGCAGACAUCGGUCGUGCUUCCCGCCGACGGAAGGCUUUGUUUCCUCUGUGAGUGUGAGGGUGCCGUGUGCUUCCUGUAGACGCCUUUAUCAGGUUGGGGCUUAACCUUCCGGUUGUACUUUCUUGAGGAUUUUUUUAAUCAUAGAAGAGUAUUGGAUUUUGUCAUGCUUUUCCACAUCCGUUGAGAUCACGUGGCUUCAUCCUUCAUCCGGCUCAUGUGGCACGAAGCAUUGAUUGAUUUUUUGUUGUUCCUUUACGAUGUUACUUUUAAGUGACCUCCACACCCACUGUGGGGCAUAGACUUACAACCCCGGUGUCAGGGGUUGUGUGCGGCACUGAUGGAGCCUGCCACGGGCCCCACGUUGGUUGCCUUUUGCACGUGGAACCACCCUUGCAUUCUGGGCUGAAAUCCCACUAGGUGGUGGCGCUAAAUCGUCCUUUUCGUACCGACUUGCUGGUUUAGGUUUGCUGAUACCACACAGGCUUUCCAUAGGUGAUCUCAGUCUGAAUUUCUUGGGCUGUCUUCGUCCUGUUGUGGUCAGGGUGAGGACGUCCGGGCAGACUUAGGAUGAACUCGCCUUGGCAGUGGUCGCUCGGCUGUUUGAGGGCAGAGUGUGGGAGGGACCCCGGUGUUACUCUGCUUCAGACGCUCAGUCGAGCUUCAGGGCUUGUGCUUCUUGACGAGCAGCUUCCUUCUUGACGAGCAGCUUCCUUCUUGACGAGCAGCUUCCUUCUUGGAAGAUCCUUUCUCUUUCAGAGGCAAAGGCCCCCACGAUAACCCGCCGCCACACGGUCUGCUGCUCGCCCCACAGUGACCAGCAGGAG